GAUUUUGUCCUUAAUCGGCAACAUGUUGUUUGCGCACCUGUGGAUGAAGUUCUUCACAUGGAGCUAAAGUAGUUCUUGUCCGGUUGGAGACCCAUACCUACGGAAAGCCUUCGCGUCUCGGCGACUACACAGCGAAGCAUGUCAUGGCCAAGCAUCAUACCUUCCACCGAUGUCUACCGUUGGGUUUUCCGUCUGGGUUUUGUAUCUGUCCAGUCAGCACAGUUUCGAAUUAUGGCACGUACAGAUCUUACUCGGAUUUAAAACUCACACAGUAAGCAGCUUUUCCUUUUCCGCAAACCGGCGCCAACCAGCGUAUCGGUAUCGGCAUCCCGGAACGAUCAGUAAGAACCUAAAAUGCAAGCGAGCAUCACAAGAUCACUUCAGCGCACUACCAAACCCCAGCCAACCAUCCUCCACCACGUCCGCCUUUCAUCCAUCCACCAACAACAUUAAUCCAACAUCCAACUUCCCCGCAAAAAGCCGGCCCUCCGGAGAAACCUUGCAUCAACGGAGCUUCGGGGGACAGCGACACAGGAGGCACCGCCACACACCGUCAAGGCCGUAAUAAUUUAGCCGCACAUCAACCGCUACAUAAACCCGAACGGCCUUAACGCGGGCAGCAGCUCCACCGUAGCGCCACCGGUUGACUUGCCCCCCAGAAGCAGAUUAGCUCCGGUACCGGUUCCGGUUGUACGGGUCC